GCUUGUUAUCUUCUUGGUAUGUUUUUUUUUCAUAAUCAAUUUCUACCUUUCACAUUAUUUCUGCUGCUGAAAUCUACAUCUGCGAUUUACAGUUUGUAGAUAUGAAGACCGGUAGCAGGAGCAGAGGGGCUACGAGAAAAGAAACUAAAGAUGCACUGAAGCCUGUUGAUGAUAGGCGGGCUGGGAAGAGGAAAGGUGUCGAAAAGGUAGAUACACGGAAGAGUAAGAAGGAAAAGACGGCUAUUAAAGACCCAAACAAGCCCAAAAGGCCCCCAAGUGCCUUCUUUGUAUUCCUUGAGGAUUUCCGGAAGACCUUCAAAAAGGAAAAUCCAAACGUGAAGGCUGUCUCAGCAGUUGGAAAAGCCGGUGGAGAGAGGUGGAAAUCCUUGUCCGAAGCUGAAAAAGCUCCGUAUGAAGCUAAAGCUGCAAAGAGGAAGGCUGAAUACGAAAAACUUAUGACUGCUUACCUCAAGAAGCAGGAGAGUUCUUCUGAUGAGGAUGAUGAAGGUUCUGAGAAGUCGGCAUCGGAAGUUCAUGACGAUGAGCAGGAGGAAGAUGAGGAGGAAGAGGAGGAAGGUGACAACGACGAUAAUGAUGAGGAGUGAAGUUAAGAAUAACGUGUCAAAUGGAUGCUGUGAGUAGACGGUGGCUUUGUAUGUUUUUGUGCCCUACAUUUUGCUAUGUAAAAUGGGACAAGCAUGAUGUGUACGUCCGUAAUCUAUGUAUCGUAUAUAGGUCCUUAUCGUUCGAGCGCUUUAGCAUUGUUACUGUCAAUGCUCUAUGCUCUCUUGUUCAUGUAAAAAUCGCAAGCACAUUGAUUCAGAAUGGAAUUCAUCUAAUAUGUAAAAUUACUUACUUGAUGAAUGUAAAUAAUUACUAUAUUA